CAGGUGGGGCCGGCAGAUUUUUUUUUUUCUUCUUCUUCUUCUUCUUCUGCGCAUGCGGAAACCGCUGCCCGCUCCCACCACUAACCCAGGCCGAGAGUAGCUGCUGUUUCUGAGCUGACGAUUCGUGAGAAGGCCUCUUGCGCGCUUCCCCUUUGCUUUCCUUUCGGCGGGCCUUUCCAGUACCUCAGCGACGUUUAGAGCGUGGCCCGUUCUCGUCUUCUCUCUUGGCUUCCUGCAGAGGUGACUGCCGUUGAUUCAAGAGUUCGCUGUCGAAAGUGCCGGCCCCCGCGCCGGUGCCGGGAGCAGCCGGGUGGGAAGGCUCAAGAUGGCGUGCUUAUUGGAGACCCCAAUCCGCAUGAGCGUCCUCUCGGAAGUAACAGCUAGCAGUCGCCACUAUGUUGACAGGCUAUUUGACCCUGAUCCCCAGAAAGUUCUACAAGGUGUCAUAGACAUGAAAAAUGCUGUAAUUGGAAACAACAAACAGAAAGCCAACCUCAUUGUUUUAGGAGCUGUUCCAAGGUUGUUGUACUUACUUCAGCAAGAAACCUCAAGCACAGAGCUAAAAACUGAAUGUGCAGUGGUAUUGGGAAGUCUUGCUAUGGGUACUGAAAACAAUGUCAAGUCUCUAUUGGACUGCCAUAUUAUCCCUGCCUUACUGCAAGGACUCCUGUCUUCAGACCUGAAGUUUAUUGAAGCUUGCCUCCGGUGCCUGCGCACUAUCUUCACGAGCCCUGUCACUCCCGAGGAGCUUCUGUACACAGGGCCAGAUCAUCAAACAAUUUUAUUUAACCAUGGUGCAGUUCAGAAUAUUGCUCACCUACUAACCUCAGUCUCCUACAAAGUUCGAAUGCAAGCCCUGAAAUGCUUCUCAGUUUUAGCUUUUGAAAACCCCCAGGUAUCAAUGACCUUGGUAAAUGUUUUGGUUGAUGGAGAAUUGUUACCACAAAUUUUUGUGAAGAUGUUACAGAGGGAUAAGCCUAUUGAGAUGCAGCUCACAUCAGCAAAAUGUUUAACUUACAUGUGUAGAGCUGGAGCAAUUCGGACAGAUGACAACUGUAUUGUAUUAAAGACGUUGCCUUGUUUGGUUCGAAUGUGCAGUAAAGAGAGAUUACUGGAGGAGAGAGUUGAAGGAGCUGAGACUCUUGCAUAUCUGAUUGAACCAGAUGUUGAGCUACAGAGAAUCGCUAGCAUAACUGAUCACCUCAUUGCCAUGCUUGCCGAUUACUUCAAAUAUCCCAGCUCAGUGAGUGCCAUCACUGAUAUUAAAAGGCUUGAUCAUGACUUAAAACAUGCUCAUGAACUCCGCCAGGCUGCAUUCAAGCUCUAUGCCUCUCUAGGAGCAAACGAUGAAGACAUCCGGAAGAAGAUCAUUGAGACUGAAAAUAUGAUGGACCGAAUUGUGACUGGCUUGUCAGAGUCUAGUGUCAAGGUGCGGUUAGCUGCCGUCAGGUGUUUGCACAGUUUAUCCAGAUCUGUGCAGCAGCUUCGAACCAGUUUCCAGGAUCAUGCCGUAUGGAAACCUUUAAUGAAGGUUUUACAAAAUGCACCCGAUGAAAUCCUAGUAGUAGCAUCCUCCAUGCUAUGUAAUCUGCUUCUUGAAUUUUCUCCAAGCAAAGAGCCGAUUUUAGAAUCAGGAGCCGUAGAGCUACUUUGUGGAUUAACCCAGAGUGAAAAUCCUGCUUUACGGGUGAACGGAAUUUGGGCUUUAAUGAAUAUGGCAUUUCAGGCUGAACAAAAAAUAAAAGCUGAUAUUUUACGAAGCUUGAGUACUGAACAGCUAUUCCGGUUAUUAUCCGAUUCUGAUUUGAAUGUACUGAUGAAGACAUUGGGACUUCUUAGAAAUCUUCUCUCUACUCGUCCACAUAUAGAUAAAAUAAUGAGUACUCAUGGAAAGCAAAUUAUGCAAGCCGUCACCCUUAUUCUGGAAGGGGAACAUAACAUAGAGGUCAAAGAGCAGACACUGUGCAUCCUGGCCAACAUAGCGGACGGGACAACGGCAAAAGAGCUUAUUAUGACCAAUGAUGACAUACUGCAGAAAAUCAAGUAUUACAUGGGUCAUUCACAUGUCAAACUGCAGCUUGCUGCGAUGGUUUGUAUAUCAAACCUCGUAUGGAAUGAAGAGGAAGGUUCACAAGAACGCCAGGAUAAAUUACGAGAUAUGGGCAUCGUAGAUAUUUUACAUAAAUUGAGUCAGUCACCAGAUUCAAACCUUUGUGACAAGGCAAAGACGGCACUGCAGCAGUACCUGGCGUGAUGGGCGGCGUCCCGGGCACCUGCGAACACCCCACAUCCUUGUUAAGGAAGUACAGGAACUAGCCUCAUUUGAUUCCUUCUAUUUGCACAAGUCACCUUGGACUGCAGGGAGCUGUUUUGCAAAAGCAAUUUAGUAGCUUAGAUCUCAGAUUCAUCUUGAGGAUUUAUUUUUUUUUUUGAGGUAGUAAUUGCCUCAGAGGACUCUUGUGCUUUGGGGUUUUUUGUUGUUGUUGUUGUUGUUUUCUGAGCUACCUGGACUCUUUAUUAGAACAAUCAGUCAGCAUUUUCCUUUGGACCUACAAUUUUUUGCCUAUGCUGCAGCCACUUUGUGGGUGAAAAUGACUGUGUCUGCACACACAGGCAUGUGUGUAAGGUGUGUAUGUACAUGUGGGUCAGUGUGGAGGUGUGUGUGAGAGUGAGUGUGAGGGAUACCUCAGAAUUUUCUUUUCUUAUUUUGUGUGAAAAUCUCUUUUAUACAGAUUUUCCAGGGUUUAAGCAUUGCUUGCUGUAUAAAAAAAACUUUACUGAAUUAUAUACAGUUUGAAUGAAAUGUUAUUUUAAAAACAAAUUAAUUGUUAAGUGUUCCAUAAAAGUUAUGUUAAAUUUUGGUCAGAUGAAUAUUUGUAAGUAAAAAAAAAAUAUAUGCAUUUCUGAACCUCAACUUACAUAGAUUUUCUUUAUAAAAAAAAUAAAAAACAAAAAAAGUUGAAAAAGUUGGCUAUAGUUGGCCUGAGUAACAGCCACUAUACAUGGUGCUGUGCAAAAUAGUGAGCUCGCAUCUUACUGCCGUCAGUUUUAGCAGGCACAGAGCCUUUGUUCAGCCGAAUUCACUUCAGUUCUCAGGCUUCCAAGGCAGAUGGACAGGGUGGCGUGGAGUGAGGCAGCACUCACUGUAGGAUUGUGAAACCUCUAAGGGAAGUGUACUACUGAUUGUGUAAGAGCCCAGCCAUGGCUAAGGUUGGCCACUCAUGACAGAACCUGGGCACCUAGAGCCCUCUCACGGCCCCACCUCCUGUCAAUGGCGUGACAGCAUCCAGCAGGAGUAGCGAGCAGUCACGGAUCUUUUCAUCUUCCUGGAAACAAAGUCAGCUCACCUGUGCUUCCUGAACAGUAUCUAUCACUGUGAAACUAAAGAAUGGCCUGCAGACCCCUGGGUAGAAAGAAGCCAAGAACAGGAUAGCCAUUCUCAGCAAACAACAUCCGAGCCGCUCAGGACUGAUGCUCAGUGUGCUUUUGUAAAAUGAAUUCAAAUUUUUAGUAAAAGAUGCAGCUAAGAACUUUUCCAGCAUGAAGCUAGAAGCACUCAAGUUGAGAGAAGGAAAGGGAAUCUCUGAAGAUAACUUGUUUUUACAGCAAGUACUGCUUAACCCUCUGCAGCCCAUAGCUGGCCACCUACUUCUUGGUUAGCUUCCAGGCAGAACUCAACAGAGGUUGCUCUUGACUGUUGGAAGGUAGAACCAGCUUCUCUUUCCAUUUUGCUAAAGAGGGUCAGAGUCCCUGCAUGUAGGGAGCAAGGUCUGUGGCCCCGAAGUUCUCGGUGAGUAUGUGCCCUGGGGGGCCCAGGCCCAGGCCCACCUGCCUCACUUGGUGGUGGUGUUCGUGUCUCAUCUGCCCUGUCACCAACCUGCACCUUCCUUGGAAAAGCUUAAAUGUGUUUGAUUGCAAAGGAAUGUUUUAAAAAUGUAUUUAAUGCAAGUUUUCCUGGUUUCAACAUGACCUCCCAAAAUUCAAACACAGAGAUUUCUAUGUUGUUAUUUUUUCAGAACAUCAUUGAUUUUAAAAUCUGUCGAAACAGAGACUUAGGUUUUGUGCAGACAUCAGAAUGCUAGUAUGGGGAAGUCAGUUAAACAAAAUCCUAGCUUGUGGGAAAUAAAGCCUUACUCAGGCCCACUCACUGUAGUUUCUAGUACUAAGAAAAUAUCCUGGGUUGGCACUUGGAGCAUAAAAGACUGUAGAGUUGAUGUUUAAAUUACCAGGUAAAUAUAAAGAAACCAAUAAUGAAUUGCUGAGACAAUCUUGAGCCCAAAUAGUAUCAGAAAGCUGAAGGCCCAAUGAAAUGACAUGUUCACACUGAACACUCUGGGGAUAAAUCUUGCCUAUGGGCAUGAACAGAUGGUCAAAUAAAAAGUGCUUUAUUAUAAUUAACUUUUUUCUGACUUAAAUGAAGGAAAAUGUAUUUAUUUAAACAAAGCUAUUUGCUGCUUCACGCAGGUGCAGUGUUCAGUUAGCAAGGAAGUGGGAAGAAUGGGACGUGGUCUUGUAUCGACACCCGAGUUCUUAACUAAGCUUCUGGUUCUCUCUAAUACUGCAUUCUGUUUCUCCUUUUGUGCCCUGAUUGUAACCCAAAAUUUAUGAACUAGAAAAGAAUGUCCAAUUUAAUAAGUUGCAUUUUUUUUUUCUUAAGCACUUUAUUCAGAACAAUACAUGUUCUUUCUGGUAGUGUUUGGAUAAUAUGAUUUUAACACAUGCUAAUAAAAGCCAAGAAAAAUCAUGGCAACAUCUAAAAA